AUGGCAUAUUCCUACGACCUCGACCAGGUCCCGCCCGCCGAUUCACCCUGUGUACGGCACGACAUUCGCAGAGCGAAGAAGUUCCUGCAGAAGCAUAGCGACGAAACCGGGGACAGUCUGUACGACCACCUGAGCGAGGUUCUGAACAGGAUCCUCUCGGAGAAACCCAAGAAUGCCGUGGAUGUGUUCGAGGAGUACAGCAGGAAGGUCAAAGCAGAGAGGUUUAAAACGAGAAAUAACCAUCUGCGAGACGUCUACGUACCUCCUCCUCAGUACCAUGAAGCGAAGCAACUAAUGAAACUGUUUCAAGACUCGAAGCCUGCCGGCGAUGGGCAGGAAGAAAAGGCCAUAGAAGACGAGGAGACCGACGCGAAGAAGGGCAAGCCCAAUAUGUUGGAUCUGUUGUUCUACUUCGAGCAAACCGACGUAGGGUUGCCACGAGCCGAAAUGGUCCUUCUGAAUCUGGCGAUCCGCAAACUCGUUACUCAGAGACCGAUCGAGAACGUGCGGUUUUGGGGCAAAGUCUUGGGGAACUCGAAAAGUUACUACGUAGUGGAGGCAGACUUUAAGGAAGAGGAACUGGGUAGAAGAACGGAAAAAAUGGAGGCCGAGGAGCAGUCGAAAAGGGAGAAAGAGGAGGUCGAGGCCUUGGCCACGACCAAAACUGAAGAAGAUGCUGCCAACGAGAGGGCGAAGAGGGACGCCGAACUCGUGGAUGCCGUGAACUCCGUUUUACCACCGGAGACCCCCGGUGAGGAUCAAGAAGACAUACAAAUCAAUCUUGUAUUCCCUCCUUUACCUAAGAGUACGUGGACUUUGCCGCCGGAAAUCCCUCUCGAGCGACCGGGGACUGGAGCGAAUGCAAAGGUCUACUUCGUCUGCAACUCGCCAGGUCUGGACGACUGGGUUGAACUGCCUCUGGUAACGCCGAAGCAAAUCGUCGUCGCCAGACAAAUAGUUCACUGUUGCACGGGAAACCUAAAUUCACCCCUCUUCACGUAUCCGCCUUUUCCUGGAAAGGAAGAAAACUAUCUCCGCGCUCAAAUAGCACGAAUCAGUGCGGCCACUUUGAUAUCGCCGAUUGGGUACUUCACGUUCGGUACAGGGGACGAGGAAGAAAUCGACGAGGAGGAAGAAUCCGAUGGGAAUAUCUCGGAGAACCCGCACUACGAUCCACUCUCCAUUAAGGAUUUGGUGGAUCCCUCCAUGUCCAAUUGGUGUCACCACAAUCCCUUCUUGUUGAAGCAAGGACGAACUGUCUGGUGGAAUCCGAAAAAGUCCGAAGACGAAGGGGAGGAAGAGGCUCUGGAAGAGGAGGAAGAGGAGGAGGAAACCGAAGAUGCAACGGAGCAGAAAGAGGUAGGACCUCCACUGCUGACUCCUCUGUCGGAGGAUGCAAUUUUGGAUUCGAUACCACCUUGGACAGUCCGAAAGUCAUCCAAUUUCCUUCUCGAUGUCGCAGUCGCGAUGGUACGGUCGAAUAUCUGGCCAGGGGCUUAUGCCUUCACUCAUGACAAGAGAUUUGGAAACAUCUAUAUAGGCUGGGGUAACAAGUACGUGGUGUACAAUUACAGUCCUCCUCCACUACCCCCCGUACAAGACCAAUACCCCAUCGGACCGGAAAUAAUGGAAAUUGCAGAUCCUACGGUGGACGAGGAGGAAGCGUAUCGUCUUGCGCAUUUACCUGCCCCGAAAGUCAUACCAUUUGGAGAAGAAGAAGAGUCCCCAAUGGAAGAUCUGGAUGAAGACGACGAGGAGGAUGAUUAAAUGAUACAAAGGGG